AUGCUGGAGGGCCCAAUUAUCACACCGUUCCUCGGCGCGCUCCAAGCAUGUGUCUCAGUCCUCCUUACCAUKAGCUAUGGAGCCAUAGCCGAACGGCUUCGACUGGUGAAGGAGAGCUCAAUAAGUGAUAUGGCCGGUCUGAGCGUGAAGCUCUUUCUUCCAGCUUUAAUUGUUGUCCAUCUAGGCGAACAACUGCAUGCAGACAUUGUCCUGAACUAUGUUCCUGUCUUAGUCUGGGCGGCUCUGUACACCUCUGCCUCCAUCGGACUCGCUCAUGCUGUAUCCCGAGGCCUUGGACUCCCAGUUUGGGUAACGCCCGCAUGCGCAUUCAACAACACCACCUCGCUGCCAUUGCUCCUCCUGCAAUCUCUAGAGAGCGUGGGAAGUUUGAAACUGAUCAUUCCAGACGGUGACUCAAUGUCCGAUGCGAUUGCCCGCGCUCAGAGCUAUUUCCUCCUCUGCGCUGUCGUCAGCAAGACCAUCGGCUACGCCGUCGGACCCAAGAUGCUCCAGAAUGGCAACGACCAGGACGAAGGGAGAGAUGCGCAGGACACCGACGCUGAAGCUGGACAGAGCGAUAACGGCGGCGAUGCAGACGACGACGAAGAAGCCGACGAGGAGACCUCGCUUCUGCCGGAGCGCGCGCAAAAGGCCCGGCGCAAGGUUUCUGGCAAGUUCAGACGUAUAGGCCGCCGGGUGUCAGCUUUCUUGCCCGAGCGAGUGAAGCAGGAACUGAUGGCGCCGUUUGAGUCGCCGUUUGCCGACGUUGCGAUCUUGUGCACUAUCAUCGGUGCUACGCUUGGCCUCGUCCCUCAGCUGCACAGAGUAUUCUUCAGACCCUACGAGGAAGGCGGGAUCUUCAACGCCUGGCUUACGUCGAGCGUUAAGAAUAUCGGCAAGUUGUUCACGACGUUACAGAUCUUCGUUGUGGGUGGAAAACUAGGUGCUAGCUUCCAGAGGAUGAAGGCCAGUGGUAAUUCCGGCGAGAUACCUAAGAAAGCAAUCGUGACAAUCUUCCUGGUUCGCCUUGUCAUUUGGCCUGCAAUCAGCAUCUCCCUCAUCUACAUGCUGGCCAAACGAACGGGCCUUGUCCGCGACGAUCCAAUCUUGUGGUUCAGCUUGAUGCUGAUGCCAGCUGGGCCCCCUGCCUUGGUAAUAUCAGGCUUUGCGGAGCUGGCAAAGAUUUCAGAAGCAGAAAAGAUGGCCGUCGCAAAGACUCUGACUGUUAUGUAUAUGCUCUCGCCAUUUGUAUGUUUUACCAUUACAGGCGCUUUGAUGGCAUCGCGAGCAGCCUUGGAUGUAUUGGUGAACCCGCCACUGGUUCAGGUCUGCUCGCCUGGUUCUGCUCCAGAGCCAGGAGGAAGGGCAGAUCUACCGAUCUUCGACCUGGCAGACAACUCUUCCUCUAAUACACCCUCCUCCGUCGCUCCCGACCGCCCCAACCUUCCUAUCCCACUCGAGCCCACGUCAUUUACUUCCGCUCCUCCUCCGGGUAGCUCGACAGACGGCAUCCGAUCAUCAUCACAGUUAGAGUCAGGCGUUGAGAGUAACAGCACAACGCCUUCUAUCGACAAUCCUCCUACAUCCGCUGCUCCCCGCCGUCGACGUUUCAGUACGAUCGAUACGUCUGCUUUCACCGGGGGAACAGGAGGUGUUUCGGGAAAUUAUACACCUAGUCAGGAACAGGCCUCCGUUCAGCCUCAUACUUCGCCGGAAGAACAUCCACCGUUCCCCAAGCGCAGGCGCCUGGCAAACAUGCGGCCCGAUGGUAUCUCGAGUGCAAACGGCUUCUCCCAAGCGUCAAACGGCUUGAGUGCAUCUCCGUCGCGGAAAACAGUCUUCGCUCACUCUUCCAACAGCCAGCCAGCACACUCCUCCUCAAAUGGCGAGUCUCAGAAGAAUGGCUCUUCGAAAACAUCAAAGAAGACAUCCUCUUAUUUUGGACACGACCGAGAAGAAGUGACUAGGAUAUUGAUACAAAGUCUGUAUGAGCUUGGAUACGACGGAGCUGCCUCGCUGCUUUCCAUGGAAAGCGGCUAUCAGCUGGAAAGUCCGGCAGUUGGUAUAUUCAGGAAGGCAGUUCUUGAGGGGCGUUGGGCUGAGGCGGAGGAUAUUCUAAUUCAAUCGUUCACCUCUGAUGCAGAUGUGCAAGAUACAGGGUUCAGCUCUGGGAAACCUGCAACCUCCGAGAAGCUGCUAUUGGUGGAAAAUGCUGAGAAGAACGAGAUGUUGUUCUAUCUACGGCAACAAAAGUUUCUCGAAUUGUUAGAAGCACGAGACCUUGGCUCGGCCUUGACCGUCCUUCGGCACGAACUGACUCCUCUCAACUAUGACGUUGGACGUCUCCAUGCCCUUUCGAGCUUGUUGAUGUGCCCUCCUGAGCAUCUGCAUAACCAAGCUGGCUGGGAAGGGCCCAUAAGUUCUUCUCGAGAGCGGUUAUUAUCUGAACUUUCAAAAUCCAUAUCCCCAUCCGUGAUGAUACCAAACAACCGUCUUGCGAUUUUGCUAAAUCAUGUCAAGCAAAAUCAAAUAAACCGGUGCUUAUAUCAUAAUACUGCAACCCCUCCGUCGCUAUAUUCGGAUCAUAUGUGCGAUAGGAAUGAUUUUCCACUUCGAACCGGAGUCGAACUAAGUCAGCAUUCAGAUGAGGUCUGGUAUUGCCAAUUUUCCCAUGACGGCUCAAAAUUGGUCACGGCAGGGCGGGACCGUCACGUAUACAUCUACGACACAACCAACUUUUCUGUGUACCGGCAGUUGGAGAAGCACGAGGAGGGUGUUGCCCACGUCAGUUGGAGUCCGGAUGAUACUAAGCUCAUAACGUGUUCCCAGGAUAAGAAAGCCCGCGUGUGGAGUGUUGAGACCGGCCGCUGCCUUCUGACCAUCAAUCAUCAUCGUCAGCCCGUAACGGCUGCCGUAUGGGCUGCAGAUGGAGAGUCCUUUGUGACCGCGUCCCUUGAUUUAAGCUCCCAACUGUGCCACUGGAGUAUGCGAGGCGAUCCUCUGUAUACAUGGCAUGGCGGCUUCAGGGUUCAAGAUUGCGCCAUCACCGCCGACGGGCGCCGACUGAUCGCUGCGGAUGUCGAAGAAAAAAUCCAUGUUUAUGACUUUGCGACUCACGAGGAGGAAUAUUGUCUCGCACUGAAGAGCAAACCCACUUCUGUCGCUGUCAGCAGAGAUUCACGAUACAUGCUCGUGAACCUGUCUGAAGGUCAGAUACAGCUGAUCGACCUUGAUACUACGGAGGUUAUCAGGCGUUUUCAGGGGCAAAAACAGGGUCAUUUCGUCAUCCGAAGUGCCUUUGGUGGCGCAGCCGAAAACUUUGUUGUCAGUGGCAGCGAAGAUUCUCGGGUCUACAUAUGGCAUAAAGAGAACGGUACGCUAGUAGAAACGUUGGAGGGACAUAUUUCAGGUUGUGUCAAUGCGAUAUCCUGGAAUCCUACAAAUCCUGGCAUGUUUGCAUCCGCAGGUGAUGACUGCUUUGUCAGAAUCUGGACCCGCGAACGAGACAUGCAGCGAUAUGCCCCAGCUAGUAAAGGCGAGGCGGUAUCAGUGAAUGGCUCUGCACGGACGAGUGCACUACGAUCAACGUCAAGUUUCUGA